AUGCAGGAGGACAAUCCAGAGCUGCGCAAGCUCACAGAGAAAGCUCGUGGGCGUCAGCAGUUUGUAUACGACGGGCGCACUGUCUACGAGUGGGAGCAGAACAUAGAUGAAUGUCACGUCUACAUCCAGCCCCCGCCUGGCGUGACCAAGCAUCAUCUGGACAUCAAGAUUGAGCCGAGGCACCUGCGUGUCGGCAUCAAGGGCAACCCGCCUUUCUUGAACGAGGAGCCCUUUAGUUUGGUUGAAACCGACAGCUCGUUUUGGAUGAUUGAGGACGGGGAACUACACAUCCAGAUGCAGAAAGCCCACAAGGGCGAGACAUGGGCGGCGGCGCUCAAAGGUCAUGGGCAGUUGGACAUGUUCUCCGAGCAGGAAAUAAACAAGAAGCUGAUGCUUGAACGAUUCCAGGAGGAGCAUCCGGGCUUUGACUUUUCAGGGGCUUCCUUCAGUGGCCAAGCCCCGAGUGCCAGAACCUUCAUGGGUGGCAUUCAUGCAGACCCACAAGCUCUGAAGUGA